GCGCGCGGGCUCGGGACGCGGCGGCCAUCAUGACGGCUCCGGGCGGCCCGGUCGCCAGCCGCGGCCGGCGGUUCAAGUGGGCCAUUGAGCUGAGCGGGCCCAGCGGAGGCAGCAGGGGCCGGAGUGACCGGGGCAGCGGCCAGGGAGACUCACUGUACCCCGUCGGGUACUUGGACAAGCAGGUGCCGGACACCAGCGUGCAGGAGACGGACCGGAUCCUGGUGGAGAAGCGCUGCUGGGACAUCGCCCUGGGCCCCCUCAAACAGAUCCCCAUGAACCUCUUCAUCAUGUACAUGGCCGGCAACACCAUCUCCAUCUUCCCUACCAUGAUGGUGUGCAUGAUGGCCUGGCGGCCGGUCCAGGCCCUCAUGGCCAUUUCAGCCAAGAAUGGAGUUCAGUGGUGGAGGACUCGUUUUGUGAACUUGAGAAAGAAGCUCCUUGAACCUAAAGUAAAUGGACCUUAUUUAUAUCCUGCUCUAGGCCUAGUAGCUCCUAAAUGUGCUCACUCUUAAAAUAACCACUGACAAUACCCAAAAUCUCUUUUCCAUGGUGAGGAGACAAAUGCUAAAUGGUAAUAUGACUACAAACACAAAAGAAAAUCUUACCACAACCCCUGCCUGAAAAUAAUGUAGAAAACUUUAUUUAUCUGUCAGUACAGAGCAAAACAAUACAAGCAGAACUAUGUAAACAGGAGUGUUUCAAUAAAUUAAAUGCUUUUAAAAAGUUACACAAAUUUCCUUUGAAUCUGUAUUUUACUGCUAUUUAACAUAAGCUGAAAUAAUUCUAUUGGGGAUGCAUGUGGGAAAAGUGAGAAACCAAUGCUGUAUGCAAAUUAAACAUGAUGAAAAGAAAAACGAGAAAAAAGAGCACGUAAAUAUGCUUACAGGGUAACUAUGACUUUUAAUACCCACAAUGAGGAGUAUUUAACGCGGGGAUGGGGGUGGAUGAUUGGUGGGAUCCCUGGAGCCACAGGAACUGAAGGCAAUGGAAUCGACAGUGGUGACCUUUCCCGUGCCGGGGGAGGCGCCCCUGUCCAGCAAGCCUGUUGUUAAAUGCCAGCUUUUAAGACGGCUGUCUAUGGAAGGCAGGGCCCGCGGUGGUAGAACGUGUAUUUCUAUAAUCUGCCCUGGAAGUCCUCGUAUCCAAGAGGCAGGAGAAGAUCUUUCUCUUCCCUCUUGAAAUAUAAAUCCCCUUUCCCUAAGGUGCAUUCUCUCUCAUCCAGUUUUUAUAUUGCUUUUUAUUUGCAGUGAUUAAAAGAGACAAGACACUUUGCAGACAAACAACCUAAGCAACACAUACACACGAAAUGCUCUAGACAGAUGAGUAAAUCUGGCCUAAUAACCAUUUUCCAUGUAACAGUGAUUUUGUUUUAGGGCCUGAAAUAAUGGUUUUGCAAAUAUCCACUAAUUCCCUUAUUUCUUUAAAAAGAUUCUUCGCUCCAACCACAAACAGCCCUUCUAAAAUUAACCUUAUAUUUCACAAAUACUGGUCUAUAUUCUGUAUGGA